GCUCACUCGGAAUGCCAUCCAAGACGAUUCCACGCGAGGAAGACAGCUGACAGGCGUCGUACACAAGCGACGCUCCUCUGUUAUUGUUCAGAAACAAAAGUCAAAGAUUUUUCUUUAGAAAGCUUAUUUUAAAUUUAACUCAGUGCGUCGUUUAUCAGUGACACCAACAUAACACACACAAAAAACUAGACAAGUUCACCCGAAGGCUGCAACUGUACUAGAAGACUAAAUAAAGAGAAGCUCGUCGCCUCGACCGUUUUUGUCCUGUUGAUCCUGUUCGUUAUUCGGCACCGGAGUCGGGUUUUUUUUUUGCAGGAUCUACAGAAGGAAACGUCUCCUAACGAGUCUGGUCCCAGUGACAGACGGCACGUCUGGAGCCCCUGGCGGAGAAGCGCAGCGGUCACGUAAGCCGGACUGACUAGCCAUCCUGAAAGGUGGGUUGGCCUUGAGACUUAGCCAUGCUCUCAUUGGACGAACCGCUGGACUUGAAGAUCUCAUCAAGUGAUAGGGCACUCAGAACAUCUAUCUGUGCUCCACUACGAUUUGCCCGAACCCAGAUAUUAUGCCUGACACACAGCUCUGACACUGGUAAAGAUGUUCUGGACUCUCCCCCUUCCUCAAAGCUGGACCUGUGCGCGUCCCCCUCUCCCUCUCCCUCCCCUCCCUCCCCUCAGCACUCUCACUCUAGCUGCAGUCCUCUAGCGCCACCCCCAGCCGUGAAUUCAGAGACCAUCAGUUACCUGGAGGAUGGGGCUUCUUCACCCCCAAGUUUUCAGUUUUUCCUGCCAGUUGAUUCCCGAGGCAGCCUUCACCGCUCUAUGCUAGUUGGUCAGCGUCAGGAGAGACGGGAGUCUCCUGAACCAGGGGAUGAACAGCUUGCCUGUCGCUGGCUUAAGUGCCACCUGCUGUUCGAGUGCUUGCAGGACCUGGUGGAUCAUGUGACUGAGUUCCACGUGAAGCCAGAGAGGAGGUCUGGGUACUGCUGUCACUGGGAAGGGUGCGCGCGCAAAGGUCGCGGCUUCAAUGCCAGAUACAAGAUGCUGAUUCACAUUCGUACACACACCAAUGAGAAACCCCACCAGUGUCCCAUUUGCAGCAAGAGUUUCUCUCGGCUGGAAAACCUCAAAAUCCACACCCGCUCUCAUACAGGAGAGAAGCCCUAUGCAUGUCCAUAUACGGGCUGUGGAAAGCGAUACUCUAACUCCAGUGACCGCUUCAAGCACACGCGCACACACUACGAGGACAGGCCCUACUGCUGCAAGAUGGCUGGCUGCCACAAACGCUACACGGACCCCAGUUCCCUCCGCAAGCACAUCAAGGCCCACGGCCAUGCUGUCGCCCAGGAAACCCCCGCCUCGCCGGGGGCAGAACUGCCCGUGUCAUGGAGCCGCCCAGGUGGGGGAGCAGGGCUUGGAGAAAGUGUGGGCACGGAACGGGAUCUUUCAAGCCUGCCCAACCCAGGAAGGGCUCGUCUAGCGUUACCAGGAGCAACGCUGGCCCUUCUCAGAGCUCACGCUCUCCACACCUUUACUGGGCCUCUGAUGACCCUCAUGGCCCCCCCACUGGACCUCUCCAUGGCCUCUGCACUCCCAGGGCUGGGAGCUGUGCUCAGCCACAGAAGGGGGGCCCUGGGCUUGGGCAAGACACACCCGCUCGAGCCCUUCAUACUUCCAUCCCUCACGCUCGGGGCACAGCAGAGGGGUAGAGGUGGUGAUGAUGAUGAGGAUGAUGAAGAAAGAGAGGUAGAAGCAGGGCAUGAGACUCUGUCUUGGGUGUUUGUCCCACCAGGCAUGAUGAUGCUGAGGCAGGCUAUGGUUAGCUGAACGAUGGUCAUGUGAUCAACUGUCAAUCACAUGGAGGUGUGUUUGCAGUGCAAUAUAAAAAUGUAAAGUUGAAUAACUUAAAAAAAAAAAAGUUUUCUUCAUCUAAACCUUUUAAAUUUGAUUCAAGAAAAUGUAGUCUGCCAGCUGGCUUUGAAGGGAAUCAGCUUCAUUCAAAUUCAUUUGCUAAAAUGACAAUUUAGAAAUGAUAAACUUGGGACACUUUGAGUCGUAUUUUGAUAGGGCUUAACAGCCAACAGUAUACAGGAGGACGUGCAGUGUGCUUCCAUGCCAAUAUUUACAGAACUCUUUAGACACAUAUUUAUUCCUUAUCUGGGAAUAAUAGAGAAAGAGCUGCAAGAGUGUGUAAAUGUGUGUGUCUUUGUGUAUGUCUGUGUGCGGAACUGUUAAUGUUCAGCGGUCACCUUUAAAUAGCCAGAACCAUGUCACAACUGUCUUAAAAGCUGGACGAUAAUUAGCUCCAACUAAACUCUAAACUCUAUAAUGAACUCAUUUAAGCAACUUCAAUUUUGGAACAAGAACUACUAUCUUCUUUUUUCAGCUUCACAAAAAGCCACUAUGAUUCUUCCUUAAAGAUAAGAUUGUAAUUUAAUAUUACAGAUACAAUUGUAAUUUAAUACACAUCUAAGCCCUUAAAUCAAACAAAGCUAAAGUUGCCAGUAUAUGAAUUUUAUGUGAAAGGACUGUUUGCCAUUUUUCUUCAUUGUUGAAUUUACUAUACAUACUCAGCUCAUUGUUCUCAGGAACAAACUCACUCUGAGUCAGAGUGCACGGAUACCCAUGAAAAACCCAGUUUCAGAAUUCAUAUCCACAUCUUUUCAUUCAAGUCCAGCUGUUUACUUGUGCCUCACUUAUAGGUCAGCAUCAUAACAACCCAUAAGAGCCAAACCGAUGGGCCUCAAAUAUGAACCUAUGGUUGAGAAACAAAUAGCAGUGGGAAUUCAGGUAGAGUUGGUCUUAGCGUGUGGCUGAUGUUUGGGCAUAUGGUAUAGGACUUAGAAAAUGCCAACAGAUCACAAAAAGAAAAGCAUCUCACAAUAGUAGUCGUCGUUUUCUUUUUAAAGGAGCCUGUCAAUAACACUGACCAUAGGCUUACAUUAUGUGUUUUGAACCAGUGGUAGUGUUCUCCUUUACAUAGAGUGCAGUGUGUGGCAGAUCCUGCUUAACUUGCAACAGUUCCUGAAGCCUGCUGACAGCUAGAUGAUUCACACACAGGUGAUAAAAGGAUGAACGGAGACUUUGACGUCAUAAGCAUGUUGACCUCUAGGGAGGUUCUGAACAUUGGACAAAGACAGAAGGAUAAGGUCCAUAGUCUCCAUAGUCUCAGUAAGAGUAUGUGUGCAAAUCCGUCUCACACCCUAACAGAAUCAUCAAAUAUAAGUCUUUUUGUACUCUCUGCUCUUACAUGUAUACGUUUUCCCCUUUGUUGAUGCAAGAAGGUUUUAUAAUGCUGUUAAGACGAGACACAUCCAGUGUCGAGCUCGCAGGUCUCAUAACUCCAGUCGAUUUAGUAGCUUGUAGAGCUGAACCAUUAGUUCUCUGUAAAGGCUGCUACUGUUCAUCAUAAUCUCUGCAUGAAAAACUUGUUUGAAAUGUAAUUAUGUCACUGUACAAGGAUCUAAAAACUAUGGACAAUGGCCCAUUUUAGCCAUCAUCUGAACACUUUGAACCUUUAUUUAAAUCUUCACAGUGGGUUGCCUGCCAUCUGCUUAUAUCUUUGUGACUGAUUAAUAACAAGUGCCUUUUAGUAAGAGUUUACUGCAGAUGGGCAGCGGUAAUAUUCAGGAGUUAGCUGACUGGUUGUGACACAUCUUGCACUUUGUAAACACACAGUAUUAAAACAUACACUUGCACUUGUGAACAUAUGUUACAAUGUGUAUGUCUUAUAGGGACUUAGCCAUAAGGCUAUUUGAAUGCUGGUCUUAGAUUAUUAGAUUAGUAGUCAAACCGCUUUUUUCCACUAACGUGCAAAGAUAUUUAUCCCAAGCCUACCGCCUGCUGCACAUUCUGGUUAUGUUACUGACAAAGCAGUGUGGCUGAAAGGAUGUGAACAUAUUAAAACACCCCUUAAAGUAUGCUAUCUGUAAACCUUUGCUUAUGAUGAAUUUUUAGACCUUUAGCUUUUAUGUAAAGUAAUAAAAAAAAAAAAUCUAAUAAUAGCUUGUUUGUUGUCAAAGACAGGUCCUUUGAAAAAGAGACUAGUGACUUUAAUUGCACAAAACAUGCUAUAACCAGUCAGCUAACUUGUGGCUACAACCGUAAUGCCAAAAUACGUGAUAAAACUCUAGUUGGUUGUAUGUCACAUGGUGUCCCUGAGGUUUUGUACAGGAUCUAUAUAUACGAAUAGCAGCUAUCAGGCCACUUGUGUCUGUAUGUAUAUUUCCCAGAUAGCAUGAGGUUCUAGCGCUGAGCAUACAAUCUAUUUCUACAUGUUUACAGAUGGCAGCUCCCUGAGAUUGUUCCUUACAGGAUAGCAGAGGUGCAAAUUUUGCUAAAGGCGAUUCUGACGAAGACUAAAAAUGUCUAAUAAAAAGUGUCAUAUGUUAAAUGUA